AUGGGGUCCUUGCCAUUCUCUGACCUUGCACUUGAGGGCUCCUCAGGGAUUGUGCUCAGUGUGGAGCGCAUCAUCGAUGUCGCAAAAGAGGUUGUUCACUCCUCCCCCCUCAUCUGUGACUGGGAGCACUGUGGGACGGAGCUGAACAGCUGGAAGACUCUGCAGGAGCAUCUCCACCGGCAUUGUGAGGGGCUGGACCCUGCAACAUCAGCACUGCCUGGUCUCCUUGAGUGCCCACUUCCAAAGUGCUCUGGACGCCUCCAUGACAGCCUGGAGAGCAUUGAGCAACACAUUGACCUCAGCCAUCUCUCAAGGGUGCUCCUCCCUUGUCCCCUGCAAGACUGCCCUCUGACAUUUGGUCGCAAUGCACAAGGGCUCCCUGAGCAUCUCCAGGGUGUCCACAGAGACUGGCUUGACCAGAGGGUUGCAGAGUACUCCCCAGCACUCAGGCCACUCCGGAAGCCUCACCCUCACCUUCCCACAAACCCUAUACCUCUCCCAGACAGCCCCAUCCCAGCGUACAUAUUCACCCCUCCCAUUGUGCACAUCAGGCAGCCCCAGCAGUGGAGAGCACCCACCAGCUCGCAGGUGGCAAGGCGGUGGAAGCGCAUGCACGUGCAGACGAGCCCAGAGGAGGAUGAGGAAGAUGCACCCGUGGGCCCGUUCCCGGAUCUGGCGCCGUUCGAUGCGCGCGAGGCGCUGGCGCCGGGGCUGCUCACUGUGCGGCACAGGCGGAGCGAGCCGGCGCUGCAGCAGUCGCGGCCAUAUAUGUGCGGGGGAGCGCCGGAGCGGGCGGCGGUGAACCCGCCGCAGAGCAUCGGGUACUCGACGUUCGCGGUGCGGUUCGGGGAGCUGGAGAAGGCGGGGAUCAUUGAUGGGAGCGGGGUGUGGCCGGAGGUGAAGGCGGCGGCGGAGGGGCGGUCGGCGGCGGUGCCCGGGGCGGCGGGGGCGGGCCCUGCGUCGAAAAAGGCGGCGGCGCGGUCGCUGUAG